AUGAUAACAAGAUUAGCAAACAAAAUUAUUUUUAAAAGCCAAUAAACAUAUAAAUUUAGUUCAUCUACUACUCUUACUGAUCAUCACGAAAAUAACAUAAAUAAUGAAUAAUAUUUAAAUUAAGUUCGUUAAAGAUAUACAACUCCAGAAGCUUAAAACUGGGCCUAUUUAGAUUAUAAGCCUCAUCCAUCUACUUAAUUAUCUCAUUAUGAUUCCAAAUCCAAAGACUAUAUUUCAUCUGAAAGAGAUGAUUAUAAUGCUUAAACAACUACUUAAUCUAAAAAUGCAAUAAUUGAUUAAUUUAAAAGAAAUUUAGAAUUAUAAAGAAAAGUACAUAAUAUUUUAGCAAAGAUGGAUCGUCCAUAUUUAAGAGGAGUCCCUGGUAUUCAUACUACAAUUUCUAAAGGAUUGUAGGAUUAUAGUGGAAAACCUUUAACUGAAUGUACAGGAAAUAGGAGCGAUUUUUACGAAGAUGCUUAUAAAAACGAAAAUAGAUGGCUUGAUUAGUCUGUUUAUUAUCCUAAAUUCUUCAAAAUGACCCAUUUUGAUGUAGAAUGGCCUAAAGAAUUAGCCAAUAGACCCGUUACAAAAGAUUUCCAUCACGAUAAAGGGUAUAAAUAUGACGUUGAAGUACCUUAUGAUCAAAGAUAUGAUUAUUUUGCUGACAGAUUGGGUCAUCCAGAAAUUUUAGGUACUCCAGCUGAGAGACUUUUGAGGUUAGAAGGAGAUAUUUAUCACCCGAAUUUCUUAGAUUAACCUUUUGUUAAACUUCCAAGUGUAAAUCCACACGAAUCUUUGAAUUUCGAAGAAGGAGAAAUCCUUUAUGAGAAUACUAGAUUGCUAGAAUGGGCUAAGUUUUGGACUUAUUCAACUUUAGUAGGAUAUUUCUGGUGUGCCUUUUUUGUUCCUUAUUAAUUAAUGUUUAAAACACAUAUGCCUUUAGAACAUGCUUUCGAUAAUAUUUUUUGGCCUUAUUAUUAACACACUUAAUAUAUGUGGGAUAAUAAUGGAUUACAUAUUCCUGCAGUUGCAGGUAUAGCAUGCUAUGCUACUCAUGUAUUGUUGCAUUAUAUGAAUAAUUUAUCUAAAGAUUAUGUAGUUAGAGCUUAAUAUUCUAAAGACAAAGAAUUGCUAUUUGUAACUCGAAUUUCUCCAUUUGGAUCUACUAAAGAAGAAGUUUAUGAAGUUGCUCAUUUAGAACAUCUUCCUCCUAGUGUUAAAUCAGGGGUUAAAGAUAUGAGUUGUUAGGAUAGUAAUGGAUUAGUGGAUAUUAUUUGCAUGAAUACUUAAAGAUCAUUAGUUUUCUAUUUAGAAGAAUAAUAUUGGAACCCUAAAAUUAGAAAUGAUUUCUUUAAUUAGACUAAUGGUAUGUGGAGUAAAGAUUAUACUGGACUAAAUAGAUUAGAAUAGUAAGAAUGGGAUCUAUAAUAAUAAGUUGUUGUAGGCGAAAAUUUAGAAAAAAAACCAUUAUUGGAAUAAUAAUGAUUAUAAAUAUAUUUUAUUUUAUUUUAGUUUUUUUGCAAUUUUUUCUUUUUAAUAAUUUUAACAUUAAAAAAGAAAUAAAAAUUUUUAAUAAAGUUUU